GAGAGAGACGUGGAGCGCCGGAGGCAGCUGAGGGAGAGGGCCAGACAGCUCAUCGCCGAGGCUCGCUCUGGGGUCAAGAUCACAGAGAUGCCCCUUUACGACACGACCGCUGACCGAGGAAGAGGCAAAACCACCUCUACUGGAGAUGUGUUGGAUGGAGAUGCAGGUGAUGAUAAUGGGGGUGAGGAGGAGGAGGAGGGAGGGAGAGAUGAGGAAGAUCACCAUGAUGAAACUGUGCCAGAGGCUACUGCGGUAGAUACUAACCCUCCUGAGGCCCCUCCGACCUCCUCCACCAUCCAGGGGCAUCAGGAGUCUACUAACCCCAGCUCUGAGCUAACCUUUCUGGGUGUGAACAGUAAACACAUGGACUUGAAGCUAAAGAUGCUGGAGGUUCGACCUGGAGGACCCAACUCUUCCUCCUCUCCUUCGUCCUCCUCUUCCUCUCCCUCCUUCUCCUCAUCCACCUCGCCACUCAGCCCCACAGAGAACAAUGCAGAGCGUCUGCGCAGGGCGACAGAGAGACUGCGUGGUCCUGUAGUCUUCAGUCAGGAGCCAGCUGUCAGGAAAACACAGCUGAGGUCCUUCAGCCAGUAUGUGGAGGUCAGGCCAGAGGUAAAGCGUCAGAGAUCAGUACCAGAGGAUCAGAGACGGACGUGCGAGGAGAGCGGACUGGCACCAGACACCGAUGCUCGCAAGCCUUAUGAAGAUGAAAAGGCGUUCAAAGACACCAGUCAGUACGUUGUCGGGGAGCUGUCUGCUCUGGAGAGCGAGCAGCGCCACAUCGACGCCCGGGCGGCGCGCGUGGAGAAGAGGCUACGCUAUCUCAUGGACACAGGUACCAAGCCCAAUUACACUGGAAAACUGUUUUGGCAAAUUGAGCGUUUCACACAAACUCUCACGGAGUUGGGGAAGUGUGUGUGAGGCUGUAGUGUCCCA